ACUUCCGGUGAUAAAAAAAAAACAAGCACUGCAAACAAAUUUCAAGAACCUGCUGAAAAAGAUGGAAAUAAUGAAGUAGCAACAACCAAUACAAAGUAAAGAUGUCUUCACUGUCUCUUAUGCCCCAGUUUAUUGCUGGGCUUAAGAACAGAAAUGAAGAAACCCGGAUCAAGACAGCAAAUGACCUUCAUCGGUUUGUCAGUACAGAAUUACGGGAAAUGCCGUUUGAAGAACAUACAGCCUUCAUGGACAAGUUUUAUCAUCAGAUAUUUGAGUUGGUAUCAAGUUCUGAUCUGAAUGAGAAGAAAGGAGGCAUCUUAGCAAUAGUGAGUUUAAUUGGAGUUGAUGUUGGAAACAAGACUGCCAAAGUGAGUAGAUUUGCCAAUUACUUGCGUAACCUUCUUCCAUCUUCGGAUGUCAGCAUUAUGGAGAUGGCUGCCAAGGCUGUUGGUAUUUUAGCAUUGUCGUCCGGGACAUAUGCUGCAGAGCAUGUGGAUUAUGAAGUUAAAAGAUCAAUUGAGUGGCUGACUGGUGAGAGAAAUGAAGGCAAAAGACAUGCUGCUGUGCUUGUUUUGAGAGAGUUAGCCACAUGUACACCUACUUUCUUCUUUCAACAAGUUCAGCAGUUCUUUGAUGUUAUCUUUGCUGCAGUUAGAGACCCAAAGCCUGUGAUAAGAGAGGGAGCUGUUGCUGCAAUGAGAGCCGCUUUGGUUGUGACUUCACAAAGAGAAUCUAAGGCAGUACAGAAAUCACAGUGGUAUAAGCAUUGUUUUGAUGAAGCUGUUAAACCUUAUGAUGAGACAACUGGACGAGACAAGAAACUUGCAAAAGAUGAUUGGGCACAUGGCUCACUUCUGGUUAUCAAUGAAUUGCUACGGUGCAGCAAUAUGGAAGGGGAGAGACAGCAUAUUGAGAUGGAGGAAAUUACCAAUCAACAGUAUCUACAUGAGAAAACAGUCAAGGAGAUGCAUCGACAUAAGUCUAUGGGUAGUGUGAUGGCCUUACAGCAGCUUCAGAACAAGUCCUCUCCCCUGACCAGCUUUGGUCUAGGACAUAAUCAAAUGGCACACAAAAAUAUCCUAUAUGAAAGUAGAUCUUGCAAAGAACUUAUCACUAAGAAUUAUGAAAAGAUAUGCAGUUUGAUAUUGAGACACAGAACUAGUAAGAAUACAUAUGUACAACAAACACUGCUAGUCAUCUUUCCAAGGGUGGCAGGAUUCAGUCCUCAAGUGUUUUCUAGAGUAUAUCUAGAAGAAUCAAUUAAUUUCCUGCUGGGUACAUUGAAGAAUCCUAAAGACAAAACAGCUGGAUUCCAGGCUAUAGGUCUGAUGGCCAUAUCAGUACAGGAGAAUAUAUCCAAACAUCUGGCAAGGAUUAUGGAAGUUAUUAGAAGUUCUUUGCCUCCAAAGGACCUGCCACUCAAGAAGUACAAGAGUUUUGUAGUUGACCCUGCUGUAUUUACAUGUAUCAGUAUGUUGUCCAGAGCUGUUGGCAAUAUUAUGAUGAAAGAUGUCAGAGAACUCUUAGAUUCUAUGCUGGCAACAGGACUUAGUCCAGCCUUAACAGCUGCAUUGAGAGAUUUAGCCACUCAGAUACCGCAGUUGAAGAAAGAUAUUCAAGAUGGACUCUUGAAAAUUUUGUCUCUUGUUCUGAUUGGUCGACCAUUGAAACACCCAGGUGCUCCCAAAAGUCCACUGUCUCCGCUUCCUAUAGCAGGUGCCCUGUUGUCGCCCACAGACAGCCAUGAUACAACAAGUAUAACAUUGGCACUUAGGACACUGGGAAGCUUUGAUUUUGAAGGUCAUUCCUUGACACAGUUUGUCAAACAUUGUGCAGAACAUUAUUUGUCUAGUGAAUAUAAAGAGAUCAGAAUGGAAGCUGUUAGAACUUGUGCAAGAUUGUUAUCUCCCCUGCUCAAGUUGUUAGCUUCCAAUCAGGGCCAGGUCAGCAUGGCAGCCAUGAACACAGUAGCAGAAGUCCUACACAAGUUACUGGUUGUUGGAAUCACAGACACAGAUUCUGAUAUAAGAUUUUGUGUACUGGCCUCCUUAGAUGACAGAUUUGACCCACAUCUUGCCCAGGCAGAAAAUCUGAGUGCUUUAUUUGUUGCCUUGAAUGAUGAAGUGUUUGAGAUCAGAGAAUUGGCAAUCUGUAUGAUCGGGCGACUCAGCAGUAAAAAUCCUGCUUAUGUGAUGCCUUCAUUGAGAAAAACAUUAAUUCAGAUUCUGACGGAAUUAGAACACAGUGGGGUCGGAAGAAACAAGGAACAAGCAGCUAGGAUGUUAGGAUUACUGGUUGCCAAUGCAUCAAGACUUAUUAGACCUUACAUGGAACCAGUCUUAAAGGUAUUAAUACCCAAAUUAAAAGAACCAGACCCUAAUCCUUCAGUGACCAUCAGUGUAUUAGCUGCUAUUGGAGAACAGGCUCAGGUCAGUGGUAUAGAAAUGAAGAAAUCUAUGGAUGAAUUACUACCUAUAAUUAUAGAAAUGCUUCAAGAUUCUUCAUCUUUGCAGAAGAGAGAGGUAGCAUUAUGGACACUAGGACAGCUGGUCGAAAGUACAGGAUAUGUCACAGAACCUUAUAGGAAGUACCCCUCGUUACUGGACAUUCUAUUAGCUUUCCUUAAGACGGAACAGUCACCAGGUAUCAGGAGAGAGGUAAUCCGUGUACUAGGUUUGCUUGGUGCUCUAGAUCCACACAAACACAAGAUGAACUUAGGAUUAAUACAGACAACAGAAGCUGGGGCUGUAUUUAGUAUGUCUGAUCCAAAAGCUAAUCAGGAUGCUUCACAACCAGAGAAUACCAGUGAAAUGCUAGCAAACAUGAGUGCCACUUCAACCCUCGAAGAAUUUUAUUUAGCCAUUGCUAUAGCAACGCUAAUGAAGAUCAUACGUGACCCUAAUCUGUCUCAGCACCAUACAAUGGUUGUCCAGGCGAUAACCUUUAUAUUCAAAUCAGUUGGCAUCAAAUGUGUACCUUAUAUCCAACAGGUUAUACCAGCCUAUCUGAAUGUUAUCAGAACUGCUGAUACAAACUUUAGAGAGUUUCUGUUCCAACAGUUGGGUGUGAUCAUCUCUAUUGUGAAACAGCACAUUAGAAAUUACCUGGAUGAUAUCUUUGAUUUAAUAAAGGAUUACUGGACCCCUAACAGUCAGAUGCAGAGCACCAUCAUUUUAUUGGUAGAACAGAUAGUGUCUGCACUGGGGACGGAAUUCAAAAUAUAUCUACCACAGAUUGUGCCACAGAUACUUAAAGUGUUCAUGCAUGAUGCUAGUCAAAAUAGAGUUGUAACAGAUAAGCUAUUGAAAUGUCUUCAGUUGUUUGGUGCUAAUCUAGAUGACUACCUCCACCUAUUGCUGCCACCAGUUGUUAAGUUAUUUGAUUCUCAUGAUAUUCCACUAGCUGUAAGAAGGGCUGCGUUGGAAACAAUAGACAGAUUUUCAGAUACAUUAGACUUAACAGACUAUGCUUCUAGAAUUAUCCACCCGUUAGUGAGAACGUUAGACUCUGUUCCAGACCUUCAGAAUACAACCAUGGAUGUUAUGUGCUCAUUAGUAAUGCAACUAGGUCAAAAGUACUCCAUUUUUAUCCCCAUGGUUACAAAAGUAAUGACCCGGCAGAAAAUACAGCAUCAGAAAUACACUGUACUUGUCAGCAGGAUAUUGAAAAGCUCAACAAUUGCAGAAGAAGAAGAUGAUCCCAUAUUGAUGAAACAUCGUAAAGAUCGUAAAAAGAUAACAGAAGCUUCAAGUACUGGUACAGAUACAAUUAUAAGUAAAAAAUUGCCAGUUAGCUUCCCUAACUUACAGAAGGCUUUGAGUUCUGGUAGACGUGAGAAUAAAGAAGAUUGGAUGGAAUGGAUUAGACGACUUAGUAUAGAGUUAUUGAAAGAGUCCCCAUCACCAGCCCUCAGGUCGUGCUGGGCAUUAGCUCAGACAUACAACCCUCUAGCUAGAGACCUGUUCAAUGCAGCUUUUGUAUCCUGCUGGACAGAAUUGACAGAAUCUCAACAGGACGAGUUGAUCCAAAACUUAGAACAAGCUCUUAAAUCAGAGGAAAUCCCUGAGAUAACGCAGACCCUACUCAACCUGGCAGAGUUUAUGGAACAUUGUGACAAGGGUCCUCUACCACUAGACUCUUCCCUGCUCGGACAGAGAGCUAUGAUCUGUAGGGCCUACGCUAAAGCUUUGCAUUAUAAAGAGGAAGAAUUUAACAGAGGGCCAACAACAGAAACACUUGAAGCACUAAUAAGUAUCAACAACAAGUUACAACAGUCUGAAUCAGCCUCUGGUGUUUUGGAGUAUGCUAUGAAACAUCAUAGAACAGAUUUGAAAGUACAAGAGGGAUGGUAUGAGAAGUUACAUGAAUGGAACAAAGCUUUGGCAGCAUAUGAGAGUAAACUGAAGGAGAAAAAUCCUGAUGAAACCAAUCUGACAUUAGGGAGGAUGAGAUGCUUAGAAGCUCUGGCUGAAUGGGGACAGUUGCACCAGAUAGCCUGUGAGAAAUGGCCAACAUGCAGUGAUUCAGAAAGAACAAACAUGGCAAGAAUGGCAUCUGCUGCUGCAUGGGGACUUGGACAAUGGGACAGUAUGGAGGAGUACAUGUGUCUAAUACCUAGGACAACAUAUGAUGGGGCUUUCUAUAGGGCUGUGUUUGCUUUACACUCAGAGAAUUACCAGCUAGCACAACAGUGUAUAGAUAAAGCAAGGGAUAUUUUAGACACAGAAUUAACAGCUAUGGUUGGAGAAAGUUAUAACAGAGCAUAUGGAGCUAUGGUUAAUGUGCAGAUGUUAUCUGAAUUAGAAGAGGUCAUCCAGUACAAGUUGAUGCCAGACAGAAGGGAAGCUAUUAAAAACAUGUGGUGGGACAGGUUACAGGGAUGUCAGAGACUUGUAGAAGACUGGCAGAAAAUCAUACAAGUUAGAUCAUUAGUGGUGGCGCCACUUGAGGACAAGAAAACAUGGCUGAAAUACAGCAGUUUAUGUAGAAAGAGUGGACGUCUUGCUUUAUCCCACAAGACACUAGUGAUGUUAUUAGGAACUGAUCCAACUAAAAAUACAGAUCAACCAGUGCCAACAGUUAGUCCUGAAGUCACAUUUACUUACAUGAAACACAUGUGGAGAAAUAAUCAGAAGAACGAGGCCUACAAUAAGCUACAGUAUUUUGUUGAACAUUCAUUACAAACAAAAGCUUUACAGUUGAUAUCACCAGAAGACUCACAACCAAGACAGGAACUAAAUAAACUCUUGGCAAGAUGUUUCCUUAAACUUGGUGAUUGGGCAGAAAGUUUGAUGGGUAUUAAUGAGAAGUCUAUUCCACAAGUACUGGACUGUUAUUAUAGGGCUACUGAACAUGAUAAGGACUGGUAUAAGGCCUGGCAUGCUUGGGCUUUAAUGAAUUAUGAAGCAGUAUUGUUUUAUAAACAAAUGAACCAGUCAGAAGAAGGUGCACCUCAAACACCAGCAGAAAUUGGUGCUGCCAGCAAGUUUGAACUGUCACCAAGACCAGAGUCUAAUACAGCAAAGAUGCAUAAAUAUUGUGUUCCAUCAGUCCAAGGUUUCUUUAGAUCUAUAGCUUUAUCACAACAGAAUAGCUUACAGGAUACACUUAGAUUAUUGACGUUAUGGUUUGACUAUGGUCAAUGGAUGGAGGUGUAUGAAGCUCUUGUUGAAGGACUGAAGACCAUUCAGAUAGAUAAUUGGCUACAGGUUAUUCCUCAGUUGAUAGCCAGAAUAGAUACUCCAAGGAAUCUGGUAGGAAGGUUGAUAUCACAGCUGUUGAUAGAUGUUGGCAAAGCUCAUCCACAGGCCUUGAUCUACCCAUUGACAGUAGCAUCUAAAUCUAACGUUACAGCUCGACAAGUGUCGGCUAAUAAAGUAUUAAAGAGUAUGAGAGAACAUAGUAAUACACUGGUACAACAGGCCAUGUUGGUGAGUGAGGAGUUGAUAAGAGUAGCUAUACUUUGGCAUGAGCUCUGGCACGAGGGGCUAGAGGAAGCUUCCAGACUUUAUUUUGGGGAGAGAGAUGUGAAGGGAAUGUUUAACACAUUAGAGCCUCUACAUGCUAUGAUGGAGAGAGGACCACAAACACUGAAGGAAACUUCUUUUAACCAGGCUUAUGGUAGAGAUUUGAUGGAGGCUCAGGACUGGUGUAAAAAGUACCAGAGAUCAGGAAAUGUCAAAGAUCUAACACAAGCUUGGGACUUGUAUUAUCAUGUGUUCAGAAGGAUAUCUAAACAGUUACCACAGUUGACCUCUCUAGAGUUACAGUAUGUUUCCCCUAAACUUCUGAGAUGUCAAGAUUUAGAACUGGCUGUACCUGGAACAUAUGAUCCAAAUCAACCAAUCGUAAAGAUAAGGAAAGUUCAAAGUUCAUUACAGGUUAUCACAUCCAAACAGAGACCAAGGAAACUCAGCAUAUUUGGUAGCAAUGGUCAGGAAUACAUGUUUUUACUAAAGGGACAUGAAGAUUUAAGACAGGAUGAGAGAGUGAUGCAGCUGUUUGGAUUGGUUAAUUCUCUACUAUUACAGAAUACUGAAACUUUCCGCAGAAAUCUUACAAUACAGAGAUUUUCUGUGAUUCCAUUAUCUACAAACUCUGGUCUGAUUGGCUGGGUACCUCAUUGUGACACACUUCAUUCACUGAUCAGAGACUACAGAGAGAAGAAGAAAAUUCUACUUAAUAUCGAACACAGGCUUAUGUUGAGGAUGGCCCCAGAUUAUGAUCAUUUGACCUUGAUGCAAAAAGUGGAAGUGUUUGAGCAUGCAUUGGAACACACACAAGGGGAUGAUCUGGCUAAGAUACUGUGGUACAAAAGUCCUAGUUCUGAGGUUUGGUUUGAUAGAAGAACAAAUUACACCAGAUCACUAGCUGUUAUGUCAAUGGUUGGUUAUGUUCUAGGUCUUGGAGACAGACAUCCAUCUAACCUGAUGUUGGACAGAAUGAGUGGUAAAAUCAUCCAUAUUGAUUUUGGAGAUUGUUUUGAGGUUGCCAUGGUGAGGGAGAAGUUUCCAGAAAAGAUACCAUUCAGACUUACUAGAAUGUUGAUAAGUGCCAUGGAGGUGACUGGUAUUGAUGGCAAUUAUCGUAUGACAUGUGAGAGUGUAAUGGCUGUGCUCAGAGAACACAAAGACAGUCUGAUGGCUGUUUUAGAAGCUUUUGUUUAUGAUCCUUUACUGAACUGGAGACUUAUGGACACAACUACUAAAACAAAACCAAAGGCUAACAGGUCUGGUUCCUACAGUGGAAGUCAAGAACAGGCAGAUAUUCUUGAAACUGUAGACAUUGGACAAGCAGGAACAGCAAAGAAGUCAGUACCAGUUGCAACAGGAAAUGCACCAGGUGGAGACAACUCUACAUCAGAAGUUUUAAACAAGAAGGCUGUACAGAUUGUACAGAGAGUAAGGGAUAAACUGACAGGAAAAGACUUCCCCACCGAAGAAUCUAUUGAUGUGUCCACUCAAGUGGAACUUUUAAUAAAACAAGCUACGUCACAUGAAAAUUUAUGUCAGUGUUACAUAGGAUGGUGUCCAUUCUGGUGAAAAUUUUUAAAUAUUGUCACAAUAAAGUCAAAAUGAUAUAAUGUCAAAAGCUUGAAUAUAUGAUAUUAGGUAAAUGUCAGAAAAAUAUCAACUUUUUUUUAUGAGGCUUAGAAACUGAGGUCACUGAGCCUUUGAACAGUUUCAUUCAGAUAAUAAAAGAGUGAUUGUUUUGGACAUCGAUCUCGUAUUGAUAUUAUACUGCAGCUUAAAAUAGCUACUUAAAUAGAUAGCCAUUAAAAUAGUAACACAACAUUUAAACUCAUGUUCUGUCCCUAAAUGAUCCCCUUAUGAAGAAAAGAGGUUUGGCAUGAAAUAGACAUAAUGUACAAAAUAGCACUUUGUUACUAAAUUUAGAAAUAGACAAUAGGAUGUGUUCCAGUUGCAGUAUAAAAUAGCUGAAACUGUAUGAUAAUAUAGAAGUGAUGCAAUUCUUUUAAUGGUGUAAUGUUGUUUUAGUCCUGAACAUACCUGUAAUGUUUGCCACUGGAUGUUUAGCAAACAACAAUUAAUAAUUUAUGGUGUUAUUUGUAAAUAAAUGUGAUAAAAACACUUUAAAAAAUUUACAGGAAUGAUUGUUAAUAUAUAUCACGUCACCUCUAAUUGUGCAAUAGAGUGCAAAUUGUGCUCUUUCGGAUAGGGGCCAUGUUGGCUGAGUGGUCUGAGUAGUCUAAAUACUGUAUCACUAGCCUGUCAACAUGGGUUGUGAUUUCGAUUCCCGCACAUGACAGGUGUGUUUGACACAAAUCCUAAUUGAGUAGGAUUGUUAGUUUUUCUACAGAAGGGUGUGGUUCUCUCUGGGCUCUUCGGCUUCCUCCACCAAUAAAAACUGAAGGCUACUUGAUAGCCAAAUUGUUUUAUAAAUGGCGUUAAACAACAAUCAAUGAAUCAAUCUUUUGGAAAUGAUUUUGCAUUCCAUUACAAAAAAGCAAGUAAUCACCAGCAUUGUAGAUAAAAUUUCAGUUAAUUGAACCGAUGAAUUUUUUCAUCUUUUGUAUUUCAAACCAUUUUCUUACAGUGUAUUCAUAUUUUAUUUUCAUAGUUUAUGAUAUAAAUUAAACAUUAUUAUUUGGGUAAAGGUAUCCUUUUAUAGGAAUAUAAAAUUUUCAUUACAAAUUUUCUCAUAAUAUUUUGAUGACUGAAAAUAAGAAUGUUUGCUGUUGCAAUAAAAAUUUGAUUAUCCUGGUUACUGUAAAUUCAGAAAUUAUUGCGUGCAUUUAUUAUUUAGAUUUUGUCAUUUUAAACUAAAAUGCGAUUUUAAUUUUUGCGAUAUUGAGAAAAAUCCUGUUUAAUUCAUAUAAAAAAAUUUCAAAAUGCGAGUUUAAAUAAUUGCGAUUAUAACCCUGUCGCAUUUUUCGCAAUAAUAAAAACAUCGCAAUAAUUUCUGAAUUUACAGUAUAUUGCAUUGUUAUGUUGACAAAAAAAUAUAUUUCAUUUCUGAUUUUUAGUGUUAUUUAAUUAUAUUGCAUUAUUUAUAUUUUUGGCAAAAAAAAUGUAUAAUGUUUUAAUUCUUAGUGAUGUUCCAUUAUAUUUCUACUAUCAAUCAUAGUGCAAUGAUUUCAUCAAACAAUAAAGUCAUAUUCAGUUUGAAUUUCUAACUAGACUGAAUGCUUUAGGUACAAAACUUCAAAAUAGAAAAAAGCGCCUUGCUUUCGUUCAUUUUUUUACUACUAUUCAGCUAUAAAGAACCCCAUAAUGUCAAGGUUUUACAAAAUGAUAUCUUCAAUUCUUAAUUGAUCAUGUCUUUUAAUGUAACAUGAGUAUAAUUAUAGUGAUUCAUAAUUGCAUAAAGUGCUUUAUUUAUAAUAUGAAUCAUGUUAUGUCUUUAUUGUGCAAAAUUUCAGGAUUUUGUUUAUUUUGAAUGAAAGCAUUUAUCAUAGUUUUUGAGUGCGAUUUGGUGUGUUUCAUUUUGACAUGCUGUGCUGUGAUCUUGUUUACAUUAAAAUAGAAAUAAAAAAUUUAAAUCUGUAUUUCAGGUUUCUCUCCUAUGACCUAUCUACUGUAUUUUAAGAAUUCUUACCCUAAAUUUUUAUUGGCAUGUAUGGUAGUGAAGAAUUGAAAAACCACUGGUUUGUCACUUGAAACAUCACCAGAUAAAACCCAGGUAAAACAAAAAUAGUUUUCCUAGCUACUAAGCUUGUUAUUCUUAACACUGAAAUCUGAAACACAUACACAUUUUGUUUAGCCUAAAAGAAGAUUGAAACAUUGUAGUGUAAUUGUAUGAUUAAUUAUGACAUUUCAAGUUUUAGUGGAAUACAAAUAAAUGUUUAUAAUGUAAUUAGAAAUUUAGAAAGUUAGAUGUUUCAUAUCAUAAUUUGAUUAUGAUAAUUACGAUAUCGUAUUUUUGCUUGUGAUGAAUGUUUUUGAAAUUAUGUCUUAGCAACAACAGAACAUUUUGCAAACAUUUUUAGAUUAAUCAUUUGCCACAUUUGAUUUCUCAGAUACUAUAAGCAAUAGGGUAAUUAUAUAUGGUGUGUAAAAUGAUUGCAAAUCGUACAUUUCUGUCUUGCAGAGUUCUUCUGACAUUGACCUCAUUUUCAUGGUUCAUUGGUCAAAGUUUAGUUUUCUUGAUAGGUCUGUUUCUCAGAUACUAUAAGCAAUUGGCUAACUGUAAUUGUUGUAUGGAAUGAUAGUAAAGCCUACAUGUCCGUCUGAUCUUUAUCUUAUUUAAAUGGAUCAAUGAUAAAGUUUAUUUAAUGUUAUACUUAUUGUAUAAUUUUUUUCUCUGAGACUUGCAUUAUAAAUUCAAUUAUGAUCAGUAAAGUGGAUGAGAUAUUUCAGCAUUUCCAUUCUUGUUUAAUAUUCCAACAUAAGGGAACAGAAAUAUAAGAAAAAACAAAUUUUAUCUUCCUAUCUCUACUCAUUGCAAGCUAAGAGGAGCAUCCAAAAGUAGAAAGACAAAUACUGUAAAUUUAGAAAUUAUUGCAUGCAUUUAUUAUUGCAAUUUUUUAAGAAAGGACAAUAAUGCGAUUUUAAUAAUGGUGAUUUCUGGAAAUUUUGCAUACAGAUGUAUGUAUCAGAAAUCAGAAUGCGAGAUCAUAUUAUUGCGAUACUCAUCCAGUCGCAUUUUUCGUAAUAAUUUCUGAAUUUACAGUAUUGUUGUUAUCUUUGCUUUACUUCAGUUAGGGAGCUAAAAAAGUGCUCUAUCAUUUGAAAUAUUUUAACAGAUUUCAUAUUUUUGUGUCUCUGACAUUUGAUGUAAUAAUUAUUGUGAUUAUGUUAUAUUUGCCUGUUAACAUUCAUAUAUUUAUAUAUUUAAGAGCAUUGAUGAAUUACUGUUAAAUAAAACUUGUUUAUGAAUAUAAGUAUGAAUUAAAACUUUUAAGUAA